UUAGAGCCGAUUUCAGGAGUUUCUUGAGAAAGCAACGCCUGAAAGUUCUGCUAGGGUCCUGAAUUUAAACUGCACGUCGCAACAAAGGGAGAGGGACGCGUGGGAGUCUGGGUCCCGGAGCGCACCCACUUAGUUGCUUUCUCCCUCUCUUGCCCUAGUCAUGGAAGGGAUGGAGGACGCCGAGGCCGAUUGCUCGAUUGCAUUCGCAGAGGCUCAGAGAUGGGUGGAGGCUGUGACUGAGAAGAAUUUUGAAACAAAGGAUUUUCGAGCCUCUCUAGAAAAUGGUGUUCUGUUGUGUGAUUUGAUUAAUAAGCUCAAACCUGGCAUCAUAAGGAAGAUCAAUAGACUGUCUACACCAAUAGCAGGUUUGGAUAAUAUAAACGUUUUUUUGAAAGCUUGUGAACAGAUUGGAUUGAAAGAAGCCCAGCUUUUUCAUCCCGGGGAUCUACAGGAUUUAUCAAAUCGAGUCACUGUCAAGCAAGAAGAGACUGACAGGAGACUGAAAAAUGUUUUGAUAACUUUGUACUGGCUUGGAAGAAAAGCACAAAAUAACCCCUACUAUGAUGGUCCCUACCUCAAUCUGAAAGCUUUUGAGACUCUGCUAGGACAAGCUUUGACUAAGGCACUUGAGGAGUCUAGCUGCCUGAAAAGAAGUGGCCGGGACAGUGGCUACGGUGACACCUGGUGCCCUGACCGAGGAGACUUUCUUGCCCCUCCAGGCAGCCAUAGGAGGGAAGAUUCCUUUGAAAGCUUGGACUCCUUGGGGUCUAAAUCACUGACCAGCUGCUCCUCAGAUCUCACCCUUAGAGGUGGGAAGGAAGGUUUCGAAAGUGACACAGAUUGGGAGUUUACAUCCAAAAUGCAGGAGUAUAACAAAGAUGAUAUGUCCUAUCGAAGGAUUUCAGCUAUUGAACCAAAGUCUGCUCAACCAUUCAAUCGCUUCUUGCCUAACAAAAGCAAACAGCCAUCCUACGUGCCAGCACCGUUGAGAAAGAAAAGGCCAGACAAAAGCGAGGAUAACAGAAGAAGCUGGGCGAGCCCAGUCUACACAGAGACAGAUGGAACAUUUUCAAGUAACCAGAGGAGGACCUGGGGUCCCAAGAUGGAACGCUGGCACACAGUCCAAGAAACUUCUGCCUCCUCUUGUUAUUUGGAAGAGGAGGAAGAAAAGAUCAUGCGCAUCCCCAACCUCGUGAAGGAUGAUCUCUAUGUGCGAAAGCUGAGUCCAGUCAUGCCAAGCCCAGGGGGUUCUUUUGAUCAGUUUCUCCCCAAAUGUUGGACUCCUGAAGAUAUGAACUGGAAAAAAGUAAAGAGAGAGACUUAUAAGCCAUGGUAUAAGGAAUUUCAGGGAUUCAGUCAGUUUUUAUUGCUUCAGGCCCUUCAAACAUACUCUGAUGACAUCUUGUCUUCGGAACCAAAUGUCAAAAUCGAUCCUACCUCUGGCCCAAGGCUCAUAACUCGCAGAAAAAUUCUCUCUCACACACCAGGCUAUGGAGCAGAUGACCUUGAGCUGCCAGCCCUGGAUCCUGAUUUAGAAAAUGAUGAUUUCUUUGUUAGAAAAACCAGGGCUUUCCAUGCAAAUCCGUGUGUCCUUCGAGCCUUCGAAGACUUUCGAAGGUUCUCCGAGCCAGAUGAUGCUUUUGAACGAGAUAUAAUUUUGCAGUGUCGGGAAGGUGAGCUUGUGCUUCCAGAUUUAGAAAAAGAUGACAUGAUUGUUCGACGGAUCCCAGCACAGAAGAAUGAAGUGCCCUUGUCUGGGGCCCCGGAUAGAUACCAGCCGGUCCCUUUCCCUGAACCCUGGACCCUGCCUCCGGAAAUCCAAGCGAAAUUUCUCUGUGCGCUCGAAAGGACACGCCCACCCCAAGAGAAAAGCAGUAGCUGUAGAGUCUUAGUUCCUUCCUAUCGACAGAAGAGAGAUGACAUGUUGGCUCGCAAGAUCCAGUCUUGGAAGCUGGGGACUGCUGUGCCUCCCACCAGCUUCAAGCCUGGACCCUGCAGCGAGGCUGACCUACAGAAGUGGGAGGCCAUCCGGGAGGCCAGCAGACUUAGGCACAGGAAGCGGCUGAUGGUUGAGAGACUCUUUCAAAAGAUUUAUGGUGAGAAUGGGAGCAAGUCCAUGAGCGAUGUCAGCGCAGAGGAUAUUCAGAACCUGCGACAGUUGCGGUACGAGGAGAUGCAGAAAAUAAAAUCCCAGCUGAAAGAACAAGAUCAGAAAUGGCAGGAUGACCUUGCAAAAUGGAAAAGUAGGCGGAAGAGUUACACUUCAGAUCUGCAGAAGAAGAAGGAGGAGAGGGAAGAGAUUGAAAAGCAGGCCCUGGAGAAGUCUGACCGGAGCUCCAAGACCUUUAGGGAAAUGCUGCAGGAGAGGGAAUCUCGAAAUCAGAAUUCUACAAGGAGGAUGUAUUCCUCCGAUGACGCCCUGGUCCACGACGUGCUCCCUCCUACAAUGACUCUGUCAGAAACCAGCUACCAGAGCGAGACACUGGAAGACAAGACAACAGCUUAUCCUGCCGAGACGUCCAAAGAAGAUUGCACAACUUUUGCAAACAGUCAGGACAGUGCAGCAGCAGAGAUUCAGCUUCCUUCUCAUAUUCCUGAGGAGCAGCAGCCGUCACCCGUGUCUGUUGUGGAACCACACCAGGCCCCCGUGUCUGCUGUGGAACCGCACCAGGGGUCUCUACCCUCGGUAGCACAGCGCCCACAGCGCCCAGGCUCGCUCUCUUUUCAGCAGUCGCCUAGUACAAGAGGAGAGUCGACUCGGAUUUCAGCUUCUCUCCCUAGAAGUUACCAGAGAUCCGAUACAGCCAGGUUAACAUCUGUGGUCACAGCGAGACCUUUUGGCGCGCAGUCAAGGGGAAUCUCAUCACUGCCCAGAUCCUACACGAUGGAUGAUGGCUGGAAGUACAAUGGAGAUAUUGAAGUUGUCAAGAGAGCUCCACAGAAUCUGGUCAAAGCCACUGCCCCAAAGCUUGGCUCCACCCAGUUAGUUCUGGGCUCAUCCAGUGAAAGGGAGGCAGCCACAGGAGAAGAUGUGGCAAGCAUGUCCUCUCCCACACCCACCUUCUCCCAAGACCAGGCAGCUACUUCCAAAGCUGCACUGUCUUCCAUGUCUGGUCUGGAUUCAGUGUCUGACUCUGGAGAAGAGAGAAGUUCACCACCGAGGGAGGUUUCCAGGUCUCAGGAUCAGUUCAGCGAUAUGAGAAUCAGCAUAAACCAGACGCCUGGGAACAAACCUGACUUUGGGUUUACAAUAAAAUGGGAUUUUUCUGGGAUCUCUGUAGCAUCAGUUGAAAAAGGUAGCCCAGCAGAAUUUUCUCAGCUGCAGGUAGAUGAUGAAAUUCUUGCCAUCAAUAACACCAAGUUUUCAUACAAGGAUACAAAAAAGUGGGAGGAAACCAUGGCAAAUGCCCAGGAAACUGGAAACUUAGUGAUGGAUGUCAGACGCUAUGGAAAGUCUGGUUCACCUGAAACAAAGUGGACCGAUACAACUUCAGGGAUUUACAUCACGGACAAGUCUUCAAGUCUGUCGGUAACCACUGAUUUUUCUGAAAGCCUUCAGAGUCCUUAUACCGAAUCUAAAGAAAUCAAUGGAAUUCAUGAAGAAAGCAGCACCUUUGAUUCAAAAGCGUCAGAAUCCAUUUCUUUGAGAAAUUUAAAAAGGCGAUCACAAUUUUUUGAACAAGGGAGCUCCAAUUCUGUGGUUCCUGAUCUUCCGGUUCCAGCCCUCAAUGCCCCAAGUCGCUGGGCGUGGGAUCAAGAGGAGGAGAGAAACCGGCAGGAGAGGUGGCAGAAGGAGCAGGACCGCCUGCUUCAGGAGAAAUACCAGCGCGAGCAAGAGAAGCUGAGGGAGGAGUGGCAGAAAGCUCAGCAGGAGGCCGAGAGAGAGAACUCCAAAUACUUGGAUGAGGAGCUGAUGGCCCUAACCUCCAACAGCAUUUCUCUGACCACUCGGGAGCCUGUGGCUGCCACCUGGGAACCCACCUGGAGUGAAGGGUCUAAGUCUUCAGACAGGGAAGGAACUCGAGCAGGAGAGGAGGAGAAGGGGCAGCUGGAAGAGGAUGCUGUUUGUGAGGACCUAACUUGGAAGCUGCAGGAACAGCUCAUGCUUGAGCAGGAGAAGAAACGGAAGGAACAAAAAGCUCAGGAAGAAGAGCUUCGGAAGCAGCAGGAGGCUGAGGCCCAGGCCCAGGCCGAGGCUGAGGCCAAGGCCCGUGCAGAGGCCCAGGCCCAGGCUGAGGCUCAAGAGCAAAAACGAGCUGAAACGCAGAAGUACCAGGUGGAGAGGGAGCUCGAAACUUCGGUCAAGAUCUACCAGUACCGGAGGCCUGUUGAUUCCUACGAUACCCUGAAGAAAGAGGGGGAAUCUUCAGGGCUGCUCCUUAGUGACAGGAGUAAGUCAAGAUCUACUACGGAACUAAAUGAUGCUGCCACAGAGAAAAAUGGAAGCAGCAAAUAUUCAGACCGAAUUGGGACUACUAGCUUUUCACAAAGGAGCUCCAGGAAGGACCAGGGCCCCUCAGAAGCAGAGUUGGAGAGACAGCAAAUCCUUCAGGAAAUGAGGAAGAGAACAUCUCUCCAUAACGACAACAGCUGGAUCCGACAGCGCAGUGCCAGUGUGAACAAAGAACCCAUCUGCCUGCCUGGGAUCAUGAGAAGAGGGGAGUCUUUGGACAACCUGGACUCUCAGCGGCCCAGUUCUUGGCGGCAGUCCCCAUGGCACAGCCAGCCCGCAGGAGUCUAUGCCUCGUCUUCUGUUCAAGACUUUAGUCGCCCACCUCCUCAGCUGUUGUCUACAUCAAACCGUGCCUACAUGAGGAACCCAUCCUCUGCCGUACUGCCUCCAGCCGGCCCUGGGAAGACCGUCAUCCCAGGCCCUGCCCCAGGGCCUCCCACCUCCCACAGCUACUCCUCUUCAGUGUCACAGCCAGGCUCUCAGCUCCGUAACAGGUCAGUGAGUGGGAAGCGUGUGUGCUCCUACUGUAAUAGCAUUCUGGGCAAAGGAGCUGCCAUGAUCAUCGAGACCCUGGGUCUUUGUUAUCAUUUACAAUGUUUUAAGUGUGUCUCCUGUGAGUGUGACCUCGGAGGCUCUUUCUCAGGAGCUGAAGUCCGAAUCCGAAACAACCAGCUGUACUGCAAUGACUGCUAUCUCCGAUUCAAAUGUAAGAGAGCAAAUCAGAGAGAAAAUUUCUUGUCUUUUGAGGAGACCACGGGUUCCUCUGCCUUUCCCUGAGCCCGAAGCCACCUCCUCCUCAGGUUCACUACCAUAGGAUUCUGAGUUCCAGGGGUCCUAGUCUGUCCCCUUCAAAGAGGCUAUGUAAGGAAUCCCAGCCACCUAGGAGGGGGUUGUGGGGUGAAGGGACUUGUACCCAGAAAUCAGGACAUUGACUGUCAUUUGCAAAGAUCAGGGGAAACUUCUAACGACUCUUAGGCACAGAAGAGAGGUUAGGGCAAGUGUGCUUUCUGAUUAAUGCUCCAUCUCUCAUCAUCUCAUUUCCAUUAUCUGAUGAUGAGAUCUUAUUAUGUGACUUACAACGUAAUCAACUCUGGAAAUGAUUGAACCUAAGAGUGUCCCUUUCGGCUUUAUUGUUAAUAUGUAGCCAUGUGUCCAUACAUAUUUUUUUUUGAAAAAGAGAGCCUUGAUUCUGUUUAUGUAGUGUUUCAGUGUCUUCAAAUUAGAAGAACAUUUUAAAAUGGUACUUCCUUUCUAAGCAUGUGUUUGAGCAUCGUGACUGGGUUGAGUGUUGUGUAUAGUCUCAGCAAGACAACAGUUAAUUGCUGUUUAUCAUUUUGAACCUUGACGCUGGUAACAUGUUUCUUCCUUGUUGUGAAAGGCUAUUACAAGUGGUAUCUACAAACCUAUUGCUUUUGAGCUCAGAGGUAUUUAUAUGGCCCCUUACAUGAAGCGUGUUUGGAAGUGAUUUGAACUGGACAACUCUCUUUUAUCUGUCAAUGGCUUCUGAGCCUUCUCUGACAAGGCUUCCCUUGUAUAUUGGCCCUGAAGUUGGGAGAAUGUCAAGGCUGGGCAUGGGUUCUGGUGGGGGGGGGAGUGUGUAUGUGUGUGCACUUUCCUCUUUUUUAAAUCCAAAGCCAAAUAUAAUUGAUUUUUGGAAUCAUUGCCCACGCCUUUUCUCUCCUUCAGUACAAAUAAUAGAGAGUUGAAGAUAAUUUCUUUUUCUGAUUCAGGCAGUUAAUUUUUAUCCUGUUUUACAAAUAAAGAAUUCUAGACCCUAGGCUGAGAUUUGCCUACCUGUAUCCUAAGAAUGAGUGACAGGCAACUCUCUCUACCUCACUGGGCCACUCUGAGUGAUGACUGCUGUGUGUCCCAUGUGCUGAUACUCACAUGCUUUUGAAUCUGAACACCUUUCUCUCUUCUCUCCUUGCCUGAUCAGCUGGACGGCCAACCGCCAUGUGAUGUAAGCCUCCAUUCGAAAGCCCUGUUGCAGAUAGAAGAGGAGGCGGUUGCUGCCGAUACAGAACUAUAAAUAUGUCUUGUAUGUUCCCCCUGCCCCUUUUUUAGAAAAAGAAUAACCUUUGCCUCAUUAGAUGACAUAGGAACACUAUAGUGUUGGUAGGACCUGUAUUUGUUGUUGUUGUUGUUUAUUUAUAAGAAGAUAAUUAUGUGUGUUGGAGGGCAGGACAAGUGCAGUAUCUGCCUUUUCAGUUCAGCAUCCUAAAAGCACAAGUGGAAAAAACCCCAAGAACUUAAAAAGAAAUACUUUUGAGGCUGACGAUGAUCUAGUUCGACUCUUUCGUGGUGUUUUGAAGAGGGUGUUUUUUUUUUUUUUUUUUUUUUUUUAAGUUCUUGCACAUUAUUUGAAAUAGUUAAUAUAAAUAUGUAAUUGUGUUUACUGUUUAUUGUAAUGUAUUCUAAGUUAAUGUGGACCCACAUGAAAAAUUUCAUUUAAAUCCACCCAUAAACUUGCUUUUUGUGGCUUUCUUUACACAGAAAUAAUCUGAUUGAAAAAUAAUUUUGCUUAUGUAUUAUUUUGUUUGCCUGAGGAGGGCAUUCUAUUUUCUUUACAAGGACUGUUGUUGCUAAGCAAAUAUCAGUAGAAAGCUGUUUAUUUUCAAUAGUGAAACAUAAUCAUGGUUUGUAUACCAGGAAUUUUCUCAAGAAACUGAUAAGCUUUUCUGUUUUGAUGUCUUUGUAAAUAAAAUUGGUGAUACAUUUAA